AAAUCUCAAACCAGUUCAGAUGUUGCUGUUUCCUCAAGUUGCAGGUCUAUGGAAAUGCAGGAUCUAACCAGCCCACAUAGCCGACUAAGUGGUAGUAGUGAAUCCCCCAGUGGUCAAAAGCUUGAUAACGCUCAUAUAAAUAGCAGUUCCAUGACACCCAAUGGCACAGAAGGUGACAACAUGACUCUGCUCAACACUGCAGCGUGGUUUUUAAAUAUGAAUACUCAGACCACUGCAGGUUUAUUAUCUCUUUUUCUAGUUAAAACAGAGCCAAUGAGCAGCAGUGAGAUUGCUACAACAGCAGCAGACGGGUCUUUAGACAACUUCUCAGGAUCAGCAAUUGGAAGUAGUGGCUUCAGCCCAAGACAAACACAUCAGUUUUCCCCACCACAGAUAUAUCCUUCCAAACCAUACCCACAUAUUCUCCCUACCCCUUCCUCACAAACUAUGGCUGCAUAUGGGCAAACACAGUUUACCACAGGAAUGCAACAGGCUACAGCAUAUGCUACAUACCCACAGCCAGGACAGCCAUAUGGAAUCCCCUCGUAUGAUUUAGAAGUAAUUUUGGUCUGCAUCAAGACAGAAGGUGGAUUGUCCCAAUCCCAGACACCUGGACAGACAGGAUUUCUAAGCUAUGGUACAAGCUUUAGCACUCCUCAACCUGGACAGGCACCGUACAGCUACCAAAUGCAAGGUAGCAGUUUUACAACAACAUCAGGACUUUAUACAGGAAAUAAUUCUCUCACAAAUUCUUCUGGAUUUAACAGCUCACAGCAGGAAUAUGCAUCUUAUACCAGCUUUGGCCAGGGUCAGUAUGCACAAUAUUAUAAUAGCUCACCGUACUCUUCACAUUACAUGACGAGCAGCAACACCAGUCCAACCACACCUUCUACAAAUGCGACAUACCAGCUUCAAGAACCACCAUCUGGCAUCACCAGUCAAGCGGUUACAGAUCCCACUGCAGCAGAGUACAGUACAAUCCACAGUCCAUCAACACCUAUUAAAGAUUCAGAUUCAGAUCGAUUGCGUCGAGGUUCAGAUGGGAAAUCACGUGGGCGGGGCCGAAGAAACAAUAACCCUUCACCACCACCAGAUUCUGACCUUGAGAGGGUAUUCAUCUGGGAUUUGGAUGAGACAAUCAUCGUUUUCCAUUCCUUGCUCACUGGGUCCUAUGCUAACAGAUAUGGAAGGGAUCCACCUACUUCUGUUUCACUUGGACUGAGAAUGGAAGAAAUGAUUUUCAACUUGGCAGACACACAUCUGUUCUUUAACGAUUUAGAAGAAUGUGAUCAAGUUCACAUAGAUGAUGUUUCUUCUGAUGAUAAUGGCCAAGACCUAAGCACAUAUAACUUUGGAACGGAUGGUUUUCCUGCUGCAGCGACCAGUGCUAAUCUGUGCUUAGCAACUGGUGUUCGAGGAGGAGUAGAUUGGAUGAGAAAGUUGGCCUUCCGCUACAGACGAGUAAAAGAAAUCUAUAACACCUACAAAAACAAUGUUGGAGGUCUUCUUGGUCCUGCAAAAAGAGAAGCUUGGCUCCAGUUAAGGGCAGAAAUUGAAGCUCUAACAGAUUCCUGGUUAACACUUGCACUGAAAGCCUUGACUCUGAUUCACUCUAGGACAAACUGUGUGAAUAUUUUAGUAACAACCACUCAACUUAUUCCAGCCUUGGCGAAAGUCCUGCUGUAUGGAUUAGGAGUUGUGUUUCCAAUCGAAAAUAUUUACAGUGCAACAAAAAUAGGAAAGGAAAGCUGUUUUGAGCGAAUAAUUCAAAGGUUUGGAAGAAAAGUUGUAUAUGUUGUUAUAGGAGAUGGUGUUGAAGAAGAACAAGGAGCAAAAAAGCAUGCGAUGCCAUUUUGGAGGAUCUCAAGCCACUCUGACCUUAUGGCUCUUCAUCAUGCCUUAGAACUGGAGUACCUGUAG